AUGGAGAAAUCACGAACAAUAUCGGAAAUCAAGACCUCCUUUAUACGAAACCAAAUUCGAAUUUUGUCCGCAUCUAUCGCUCCUCAGGAAGGAUGGAGGGACUGGGCGCCGGAUACAGAGGAUGAUCUGAGCGACAAGGUCGUGGACGAAGUUUUACAAAAGUUGAAUACAACAUUGAAACAACACAAUCGUGUCGUUUACUCGAACCAAGCAAUCCAACACGUCGCUCGACAGAUUGAAAGCCUACAUUGGGAAUCCGUCAAAAGCGAGGUCCUCAACCCAGCGCAAGGUUCAACGGGGGUAGAAAUUGGUUCAGAUCUGUCAAAUCAUCUAAUUAUCGAGAAACUACCUCCACAAUACCGCGGAGAUAAUGUGUCGCCCGAGGAGAAAGAGAGAUACAAACUCCUCUACGAACGACUCGUCGCACUAGAUAACAAACGACAAGAGAAACAGAGGCAAUUGGCUCAAUACAAGCAACUGGAAGCCCUCCUUGAGCCGUUCAAGAAUCCGCAAGAGAAUAUCCAACCCAAUCUCAUUACGAGAGAUGGCGAAUUGGUUCGAGAAAUUGAUAAGAUGCGCAUGUUGGUGGCAAGGGUUGCAGGGAGGGUCAAUAGCACUCGUGUUGUUCGGACGGAUGAUGGAUCUGAAACAAUUCCUUCUACGGACCCUGAAGAACGACUGGCGGCACUACUCGAUACGAGCUGA